UCAAAUAACAGAAAAUUGAAGUAAUGACUAAACAAAUGACCUAAUUACAGAAUGACAGAUUCUCCGCGUUAAAGCCAACCCCCAUUACUUCUUCACAAGCAACCCUUUUCAUCUCUCAUCAUCUUCCUUCCUUUCAAUUCACUUUUUCUGUAUGCAAGCAAAUGUAACCUGUGAUACAUUAGAUGAUGAAAAAUUGUAGCUUGGAUCACAGUCACUGUCACCCAAAAGCUCUUCCCAAGAGGAUAAUCCUUGUACGUCACGGCGAGAGCGAAGGGAACCGGGAUAAUUCGGCUUACACUUCUUGGCCAGACCAUAACGUUCCGUUGACACAAAUCGGUUUAAGCCAGGCAAGACUUGCCGGUCGACAGAUCUUUCGGGUUGUAUCUGAAGAUGAAAUGGUUAGUAAUUGGAAGGUUUAUUUCUAUGUUUCUCCUUACGAUCGGGCUCGUUCAACGCUUAGAGAGAUCGGUCGUGCUUUUAAUAGAGACCAGGUUAUUGGUGUUCGAGAGGAAUGUCGGAUCAGGGAACAGGAUUUUGGGAAUUUUCAGGAGGAGGAGAGGAUGAAAGAUAGUAAGGAGACUAGACAGAGAUUUGGGAGAUUCUUUUAUAGGUUUCCUGAAGGUGAAUCGGCUGCUGAUGUCUAUGAUCGUGUUUCUGGGUUUCUCGAGUCACUAUGGCGGGACAUAGACAUGAACAGACAUCACCAUGACCCGAGUAAUGAUCUGAACCUGGUAAUAAUAUCACACGGCCUAGCUUCGCGUGUGUUCCUCAUGAAGUGGUUCAAAUGGACGGUGGAACAGUUUGAAUACCUUACAAAUUUUGACAAUUGUGAGGUUCGCGUGAUGCAGUUGGGUUUAGAAGGAGACUACAGUCUUGCAGUUCAUCACUCGGAUGAAGAGAUGCAACAAUGGGGUUUUUCCGAAGAAAUGAUUGCAGAACAAAAAUGGAGGGCACAUGCUAGCCGAGGAGAUUGGAAUGAACAUUGUCCUUGGUUUCUAGAUGCUUUUUUCGAUAACUUAGGUGAAUCAACUGCCUUUAGUGCUGAAGAAGAAGAAGAAGAGGAGGUUAAUGAUAAGGUAUUAUGAGAUGAUCAUUAUUUAUUAAAGUUCAUUGUAAGUUGAGAUUCUCCAAACCUCAUUUUGCCACUUGAAUAUUUGAUGAAAUUUAAGGGGAAAUUGAAAUAUUGUUUGUUUGAGAGUAUGGUAAAAUAGGAGUUCAAAUCUUAUACAUUUCAUUCCAUCUCAGUUUCAUUCUUUAACUCAUUGGAUUAUUGUUGUGGAUUUUGAAAGUUUCUUGAUGAAAUUACACCCCAUCUCUAUGGAUAAUGCU